GUCCGCGAGGGGGCUGCGGGCUUCGCGGAGCCUCGCCCCCGGGCGCGCUGGUUCCCUGCCGCGCAGGCGCACGGAAUCCUCGGCUCGGAUCUCGCGUUUCCGGCCGUAGGGCUUCUCCCGCCUCUCCCGGAAGCUGCGCUCGCUACCCGGGUAACGGGUCCCGGCUGUGAAGCUUCCGCGGCGCCCCGAUGGACCUGGAGGAGGCGGAAGAGUUUAAAGAACGCUGCAGUCAGUGUGCUGCUGUCUCAUGGGGCCUUACUGAUGAAGGCAAAUAUUAUUGCACUUCUUGCCACAAUGUUACAGAGAGAUCUCAGGAAGUUAUAAACACUGAUCUUAUUCCUAAUACCCAAAUAAAAGCCCUCAACCGGGGGCUUAAAAAAAAAAACAACUCUGAAAAAGGCUGGGAUUGGUAUGUGUGUGAAGGUUUCCAGAACAUUCUUUGUCAACAAGCAGAAGCCUUAAAGAACCUUGGAAUAGGCCCAGAGUUAAAGAAUGACGUUUUACAUAAUUUUUGGAAGCGCUACCUUCAGAAGAGCAAGCAGGCAUAUUGUAAGAACCCAGUUUAUACCACUGGAAGGAAACCUACAGUAUUAGAAGAUAAUCGAAGUCAUUCAGACUGGGCUAGUGAGCCUGAGCUGCUAAGCGAUGUCAGCUGUCCUCCUUUUCUUGAAAGUGGAGCGGAGUCUCAGUCUGACAUCCACACUCGAAAACCUUUCCCCGUCAGCAAAGCAUCACAAUCAGAAACGUCUGUCUGCUCUGGAUCUCUGGAUGGAGUUGAAUACUCACAACGAAAGGAGAAAGGAAUUGUGAAGAUGACCGUGCCACAGACACUCGCCUUCUGUUACUUGUCCUUACUUUGGCAGAGAGAAGCAAUAACACUUUCAGAUCUUUUGAGAUUUGUUGAAGAAGACCAUAUUCCUUACAUAAAUGCUUUUCAGCAUUUUCCAGAACAGAUGAAAUUGUAUGGGCGUGACAGAGGAAUCUUUGGUAUAGAGUCUUGGCCUGACUACGAGGAUAUCUAUAAAAAAACAAUUGAAGUUGGCACAUUUUUAGAUUUGCCUCGUUUUCCAGACAUAACUGAAGACUGCUAUCUUCAUCCCAACAUACUGUGUAUGAAAUACUUGAUGGAAGUCAACCUCCCUGAUGAAAUGCAUAACUUAACUUGCCACGUGGUGAAAAUGACUGGAAUGGGAGAAGUGGAUUUUCUGACAUUUGAUCCUAUAGCUAAAAUGGCAAAAACUGUUAAGUACGAUGUACAAGCUGUAGCUAUCAUUGUGGUGGUAUUGAAACUGCUUUUUCUGUUGGAUGAUAAUUUAGAGUGGUCCUUGUCUAAUCUUGCUGAAAAACAUAAUGAAAAGAACAAAAAAGAUAAACCAUGGUUUGAUUUCAGAAAGUGGUACCAAAUUAUGAAGAAAGCUUUUGAUGAGAAAAAACAAAAGUGGGAAGAAGCAAGGGCCAACUGUUUCUUUACCAUGUACAGGUACCUGUGGAAAAGUGAAAAGCCACUCUACUACUCGUUUGUCGACAAACCAGUAGCAUAUAAAAAAAGAGAAAUGGUGGUGAAUCUACAGAAACAAUUUAGCACACUGGUUGAUUCAACAGCAACUGCUGGAAAAAAAAGCCCUUCAAGUUUUCAGUUCAACUGGACUGAAGAAGACACUGAUAGAACAUGUUUCCAUGGACACAGCCUUCAGGGAGUCCUGAAAGAGAAAGGCCAAUCACUGCUAACUAAGAAUUCAUUAUAUUGGCUUAGUACACAGAAAUUCUGCAGAUGCUAUUGUACACACGUGACAACCUAUGAAGAAUCAAAUUAUUCUCUGAGUUAUCAGUUUAUACUAAAUCUCUUCUCCUUCCUGCUCAGAAUAAAGACUUCCCUUCUCCAUGAAGAAGUGAGCUUAGUUGAGAAGAAACUUUUCGAGAAAAAAUAUAGUGUAACAAAAAAGAAAUCAAGAUCCAAGAAAGCGAGACGACAUUGAGAAAAUGAAAUAGAAACUUUCUGGAAAAAUAUUUUAGUAUUGAUAUAACAUCAGAUUUUAAUAUAACAUUCCAGAGAAUUGUAGAAAAUACUGCAUAUAUAUGUAUAUGCUCUGACACAUAUUUACAUAUAUGUCAAGUGUGCUUAGAAAAUUGUAUAUUAUAAAGCAGGUGAGCUUUGAUUUUAUUUUUCAGAGUAUGAAUAUUCUAAGAGAAAGUUAAAACAACAGUAAAUUA